UCAUCAACUAACUACCAUGGUUCACCAAUAUUUUCAUGAAAUAUCUUUGAAGUAUGGUCCACUUGUGCUCUUCAAACUUGGAAACAAGCUUGCACUUGUUGUUUCAUCUGCAGAGACGGCAGCAGAAAUUCUAAAGAUCCAUGACCUUAUUUUCGCAGUUCAGGGUUCAGGAUAUAGUUAUGUCUCCGUAUAAUGAGCAAUGGAAACAAUUAAGAAAGUUUUGUGUUCAUGAACUAUGGAGUACAAAUAGGGUCCAAUCUUUCAAGUAUAUAAGAGAAGAGGAAGUUGAUAGAAUGAUUGAAAAGAUAUGUCGCUCGUCAAGAGAGUGGGGCAUGGUUAAUCUAACCCAUACAGUGUUGACUACGUUAAAUGCCAUUAUAUUUAGGUGUUGGCUUGGGGAUAAUUAUAACAAGGAAUAUUCCGACAGAUUUCUUGGGUUAAUACAAAAAGCGAACUCAUUGGUAACUUUAUUCAGAUUGGGGGAUUUCUUUUCGUGGCUUAAAAAGACCGUUAAAGAAUUAGAUAUUUUCUUUAAUCAAAUUAUCGAUGAUCAUAUCCAUAUGAAUUUACAAGUAGAUGAUAAUAGUGAUCAUGGCAAAGAGAAAAAGAGAAACUUCGUAGAUAUACUUGUUCUUCAUGUCGCAAAGAAUAACCCCAGUCUCACCAGAGAGUGUAUGAAAGGAAUAAUUAUGGUGUGUAAACCUCUCUCUAUUCAUCUAUUUGUAUCUCUCAAUAGUUUUUGUCAAACUUAAUAAUUUAAUUUCACUGGUGCAUGCACAUGACAUGUUUGUCGGAGGAAUUGAUACAUCUGCAACUACCUUGGACUGGGCUAUGGCAGAGCUUAUAAAGAAUCCAAAGCUAAUGAAGAAAUCACAAGAAGAGAUAAGAAGAGUGGCUGGCAACAAAACUAAUAGGGUAGAAGAGCACGACAUUAAUCAAAUGGACUACUUGAAAUGCAUUAUUAAAGAGAUACUACGAAUGCAUCCACCUUUACCGACUUUAAUUUCAAGGAAACCCUCGGCAUAUUCACAAAUUGGUGGUUAUGAUAUUCCACCAGACAUAGAAGUUUUCCUCAAUGUGUGGACAAUUCAAAGAGACCCCAAAUUUUGGGAUAAACCAGAGGAGUACCGUCCAGAGAGAUUCAUAGACAACCCCAUCGAUUUUAAAGGUGAUCAAGAUUUUCAAUUUAUCCCAUUUGGGUCUGGAAGAAGAGGGUGUCCUGGCAUCUCAUUUGGCGUUGCGGUGGUGGAACUUGUUCUUGCUAACCUCUUGUAUGCGUUCGACUGGAAAUUGCCUGGUGGUGCUAGCAGUGAGGAACUAGACAUGACUGAAAAAUUUGGUAUCACUACUAUGAGGAAGACACCUCUACAUGUUGUUCCAAUACCGUUUAGUGCAAAUUUUUCUUAAAAAUGGGCAGCAAUUCUGUUAUGCACUUGAUGACUUUUAUAAUAAAACAUUUUGGGGUUAGUAAUA